GAGUGGGGGCGCUGUUGUCGCCCCGAGUCCGCGAGGCUUCGCAGGAUCCAGGCCGCGGCUUUCCGUUCCCUCCUCCUCAUCCCUCCUGCCGCCGCUGCUGCUGUUGUUGUUGCUGCUGCUGCUGUUGCCUCUCCAAGACGACCCUGAAUGUCGCGCCGACGGCUUUGAGGUCGCCGUGGGCUGGAGGUGGCCCUGGCGGCCCAGCGCCUCGCGACCUAGCGGAGAGCCCCGUGGCCUUCGUCGCGGGAGGCCGGCGCGGCCGAGGGCCUCGGCAUGGGGAACAGCGCCCUGAAGGCCCACUUGGAGACCGCGGAGAAGACGGGGGCCUUCCAGCUCACGGGCAAGGGCCUGAGCGAGUUUCCAGAAGAUCUGCAAAAGUUGGCGAAGAACCUGCGGACUGUGGACCUGUCCCACAACAAGAUCCCGGCGUUGUCGACAUUUGUUGGGGAGUUCCAGGUGCUGAGGAGCCUCACGCUGAGCAACAAUCGCCUGACCAGCCUUCCCGAGGAGCUGUGCAAGGUGAAGAAGCUCGAGUCGAUCCACGUGAACAACAACCUGCUGAGGAGCCUUCCCUCCAGCCUGGACCAGCUGUGCGCCCUCAAGACCCUCUGCCUGUCCGGCAACCAGCUGACGGCCUUCCCCCUACAGCUGUGCUCACUGCGUCAUCUGGACCUUGUCGACCUGUCCAGAAACAAGAUCCAGGCUGUGCCCGAUGGCAUUGGGCAGCUGCAGGCUGUCGAGGUCAACCUCAACCAGAACCAGAUCUCCCGCAUCUCGGCUGAUGUGGCGACCUGCCAGCGGCUGAAAGUGCUUCGCCUGGAGGAAAACUGCCUGGAGCUUCCAGCCGUGCCACCCGCCCUCCUCACCUCCUCCAUUGUCUCUCUGCUCACCCUCGAUGGAAACCUCUUUGAGAUGAAGAAAUUUAGAGAGCUGGAUGGAUAUGAGCAGUACAUGGAGAGAUUCACAGCAGCCAAGAAGAAAUUCAACUAGAGUGGGCAGCAGUAACAGCAUCCUGAUGGCGACGUCUCAGGCGGCACGGUCAGCACAACGCAGGGAUCUGCGCGACCAGGGGAAGGUGGCAGCGCAAUGCCCGAGCAAGCUGCCCCCAAGCCCAGUCGAGAUAACCAGAACAUUACAGAUCCCACUGUCAUUUAACUUAAUGUCUUGCAAGCCCAUGUGUCAUUGUGAGGUGUGCAACAUUGGUGUCCAAAAACGGGGAUAAGAUUUUUAUGGGCACUCCUGAUCCCGCAUGGGGCACCAGAUUUUCACGUUUGCCCCCUCGUUUAUUUUGCCUUGCUGCCAUGUGCUCGCCGAGCACACGAUCGGCGUUGUAGAGCCUGGCUCAAUCCCUUCAUCGCAGCGCAGUCGGCGAGAGGUCAGCCGCGUGACAGUGAGCUGGAUUGCAUAGUCUGUGCCGUGCGUCAUGUGUAAUGAAGAAGCGCUUUGAUCGAUAUAAACAUGCCUGUUGAGAUUGCAAGUGCAGAAAAAUCAAUUCAGAAUUACGUGUAUAUAGCUACUGGAUUGAAUUAAAUUGGUGAGAGAAAUCUUAACUGUGGAGGCACAUUGGAAUGGGCUCUGCAGCACACGAAUGUCAGGUUAUCACCUGCUGCUGUUCUGUUGAUCGGACCUGUAGACCACAGGAAAUAGAUUUCUCCAGUUACAAUUUUAAAUACAGACCGAAUGUAAUAUUUUUUCUGCCUCAGUGUACAUGUAGCAGUGACUAGGGGGCUCAAGUGUGAAUGGGGGGGGGGCUGUAGAGUCCCCUGUGAGCCUUGGUAAAUAGUGGACCGUGUCCACACCUCAGAUUGCACUUCUGGGCUCCCAGCUUGAAGACCUGGAAUGGGUUUUUCUGACUUUGCCAAAAGUCUGAUGCUGGGUUGUUAAAGUUGCCACAAAAAUGUCAGCGCGCAAGUCUGAAAGGUUUCGCUCUCGCAUCAAAUGUGGUAGCUGUGUAUCUGUAUGCGUGCAUGUAUGUGCUGCAUCGAUCGGUCCGUUCCUGGCACUUAAACCACACGAGCAGUUAAAAUGCCUAUGGGUGGCCGAGGAGCAAGAAGCCCAUGCGCUGGGGCUUUUUGGUUGGCACAGCCCCGUCCUGUUUGCUGGAGACGCUCGGAGUUGUCAUUGUCACGGCUACUGUGCUUACAAUGUAGGGUUGCUACCUUUAUAGUAAAAUCGGUUGCAUCAA